UUCCGGGCCAGUAUUUGCAUUAAGGGCAGUGCUGUACCUGAUACGCGGCAGCGGCGAGGAUUUAAACACACACACACACACAAUGUCACCUGUCACCGCUGUUUUAUUUUGCCUCUUACUGGUUUUGGAUGUUUCUGAACAGGCUCCGGAGGGAAACACUGUCGAGGAAACAUCCAGUUCCUGCUACAAACCGUUGAAGUUCAACAGACCUGCGUUUGUGAGAACAUAUCCCAGACCUCAUGAGUAUUUGAACAUCAGUGAACUCCCUGCUUCCUGGGACUGGCGAAACGUUAAUGGGAUAAACUAUGUGAGCGUGACACGCAAUCAGCACAUCCCUCAGUACUGUGGCUCCUGCUGGGCCAUGGGUUCCACCAGCGCCUUAGCAGAUCGGAUAAACAUCAAAAGGAAAGGGGCGUGGCCAUCAGCUUACCUGUCUGUCCAGAACGUGAUUGACUGUGGAGGGGCAGGCUCUUGUUUUGGAGGCGAUCAUCUGGGUGUGUAUACUUAUGCACAUAAAAUGGGCAUUCCAGAUGAAACCUGCAACAAUUAUCAAGCCAGAAAUCAAAAGUGUGAUCCUUUUAACCAGUGUGGCACAUGCGCGUUCUUUGGGUCCUGCUCUGUUGUCAAGAACUACACUUUGUGGAAAGUGGGAGACUAUGGUGAGGUUUCGGGACGAGACAAGAUGAAAGCUGAGAUUUUUAAAAACGGCCCAAUAAGCUGCGCAAUCAUGGCAACUAAAGGUCUUGUGGCAUAUCGGGGAGGUGUGUUUGCAGAGUUUCAUGUCAUGCCACUCAUGAACCACAUCAUUUCUGUGGCAGGCUGGGGAGUCACUGGUAAUGGAACGGAGUACUGGAUAGUCAGGAACUCCUGGGGCGAAUAUUGGGGUGAAUCAGGCUGGGCACGGAUAGUCACCAGCUCGUAUCAAGAGGGUAAAGGGAACUGGUACAAUCUUUCCAUCGAGAAAGCCUGUGCAUAUGGAGACCCCAUAGUGUCCUAGAAGAAGAGCAACUGUUGAGCGCAGCUCUGUUCACAUGUACAGAGUAAAAUCCUGCUGAGAGCAAUAUUUAUCCACAGGCAUUAUGAAAGUGUUUCUAAUAAGAUUGUGUUAUUAAUGGAAGUAAAUUUUAUAAUUUUUUUAAUUUAAUCUUGUUUUAUAAUAUGAUGUAAUUCUUGAUGUAUUUAAAUGAAAGUAAGCAAGAGACAGUUAAACAAAAACAAUCAAAAAACAGAGUAACAAUGUUGUACAGUUGCUUGCAUAAAUAUUCACCCUCUUGAACUGUUCUGCAUUAUUUAGUGUUACAGCCUGAUAUUAAGGUGGAUUCGACCGGGAUUAUAUGUCGUGACUAUCCAAAACAUAGCCCAUAACAGAAACAGUUUUAUUUAUUUAUUUAAAUGUUUUACAUUAAAUAAUUUAUUAAUUUAGUAAAUACUUUUGCAAGCUCUCUUGAUUUUCAAUCCAAUAUUGUGGGCUCCUUUGAAGAAAUGCAUGAUACUCCAUUUUGAGGUUGUAAAACUACAAAAUGUCAAAAUUUUUAAAAGUUAUAUGUAAAAAUAAGCUUGUUUUGUACAAAAUACCUUAUUGUUUUUUAUUUUUAUUUAUAUGCUGUUAUAUACAGUACUGUGUAGAACUCUUAGGUACCCCUGUGUGUGUUUAAGUUUUUUUUUAUUUU